AUGGCUGUAAACUUUGCGGAAGUUUUACAAUGCAUAGAAGAUCAAAAUGAUGACUCUAAUACUGGUGGUAUAUCAUCGGACGAAGAAGAAGACUUGGACAGGCGUUUGGCAGCAUCUGAUAGCGACAUAAGGCAAGUAUUUAUAUGUUUUUAG